ACCAAAACAUUAUGUCCAUUGGGGUGCUUUUGUUCGAUUGCUAACUUUUCUUUUGAUGAUAAGUUCCGAUAGUUAGCUCUAGGAUUCUGGAAUCGGAAUUUCAGUGGAAGUUACGCAAGCUCGACACCCCGUUAAGAAAAAACACACCACAAGCGGCAUUCAGCACAACCAGUAGAGCGGCUGCGGAGGAACCCAAUCCAAUGGCCACUGCUCUAUCACCGGCCUCCUCCCUCCGCCUAAAACCCGUAUUCUUCUCCCUCUACCGCCAAACAACUAAACUCCCCGCCAACCCCAAAACCCUAACCACCGACCAUUGUCUCCCGCGAAAAUACAUUCGGUACUCUAUUCCGCUAUCGUUUUACACCACAAGCAGCAGCUCAGCUCUGUCUGUACCCAGAAGAGGCCGGCGAAGCUUGUGCACCGUUGCCGCAGGCGCUCUCUCCUCCGGCGAGGCCGUAGAGAAAAUCGGAAAACAGGGCGUCGGAAUUGGCGAGAGAGUCGGCGAGUUCCGGAGAAGAUUGAAGGUUGUGGAUGUCAAGGGAGGGCCCGACGAGGGUUUGGAUCGGUUGGGCCAGACUCUGGUGGUACAGGGUUGGGUUCGGACGCUUCGGGUGCAGAGUAGUGUCACGUUCAUUGAGGUUAAUGAUGGAUCAUGCCUUUCAAACAUGCAAUGUGUGAUGAAUUCAGAUGCUGAAGGCUACGAUGAGGUGGAAAGUGGCUUCAUUGCUACUGGUGCAUCGGUAUGGGUGAAGGGGAUUUUAGUAGCUAGUCAAGGAUCAAAGCAGAAAGUAGAGUUGCAGAUUGAGAAACUCAUAACGGUUGGCAGGAGUGACCCUUCCUUUCCCAUCCAAAAGAAACGGGUCAGCAGGGAAUUUUUGAGAACCAAGGCUCAUCUUCGUCCUAGAACAAAUACUUUCGGUGCGGUCGCAAGGGUGAGGAAUGCUUUGGCCUAUGCUACACAUAAAUUUUUUCAAGACAAUGGCUUUGUUUGGAUCUCAAGUCCUAUCAUUACCGCCUCGGAUUGUGAAGGGGCUGGUGAACAGUUCUGCGUUACAACUCUGAUUCCAAGCUCUCCAGAAGUUACUGAUUCUCGGGUGGAUGCCAUUCCAAAAACAGAAGAUGGUUCUAUUGAUUGGUCACAGGAUUUCUUUGGGAAACCAGCAUUUUUAACUGUCUCUGGCCAACUGAAUGCUGAAACAUAUGCAACUGCUCUCUCCGAUGUGUACACAUUUGGCCCCACCUUUCGAGCAGAAAAUUCCAACACUUCUCGACACUUAGCUGAAUUUUGGAUGAUUGAACCAGAACUUGCAUUUGCCGACCUGAAUGAUGACAUGGCCUGUGCAACUGCCUAUCUCCAUUGGAUUAUUCGAGUGAUAUAUCAUUUCUGCAUGUGGAAGGUAAAGUAUGUCCUGGAACACUGCAAGGAGGAUAUGGAUUUCUUCAAUACUUGGAUCGAGAAAGGAAUUAUCAGCCGUCUUAGUGAUGUGGUGGAGAAGAAUUUUGUGCAGUUGACUUACACGGAUGCUGUGGAGCUUCUUCUAAGAACAGAUAAGAAGUUUGAAUUUCCGGUAAAAUGGGGAUGUGAUUUGCAAAGUGAGCAUGAAAGGUAUAUUACAGAAGAGGCAUUUGGCGGAUGCCCAGUGAUAGUAAGAGACUAUCCCAAGGAGAUAAAGGCAUUUUAUAUGCGGCAAAAUGAUGAUGGAAAGACAGUUUCAGCCAUGGAUAUGUUGGUACCAAGGGUUGGUGAACUAAUUGGUGGAAGCCAAAGAGAAGAACGUCUUGAGUAUCUAGAAGAGCGUUUAGACACCUUAAACCUCAACAAAGAAACCUAUUGGUGGUAUCUUGAUCUACGGCGUUAUGGCUCGGUUCCUCACGCGGGCUUCGGAUUAGGCUUUGAAAGGCUUGUGCAAUUUGCAACUGGCAUAGAGAAUAUAAGAGAUGCAAUACCUUUCCCCAGAACGCCUGGCUCAGCUGAAUUUUGAUAUCUGCACUCUGCAGAGUUGCUUGCUGCCAUACUUCUGUUCUUUUUUCGCAUUUUAGAUUAAGUACUGGCUGUCUUCCCUUGCGCUGGGAACAGAGGGCAAGGUUUCCAUGAGAUGGACCAUUUGUUGUAUGCAUUUAUAAGGUCAUGAAUGAGAAAGUUGAUGAUUUCGUUUUGUUUUCCAA